AUGCCAUCUACGAGCUUCUCAAACGUGAGAGCGAAGAAACGGACCCUGAAGAUGGUAUUUGAGCAAAAGCAUUCUAUCGGUCCUUCAAAACUGAUUACAAGCCUAGAGCCCGAAGCAAGUCAGAAGGAGGUCUUCUCCUCAUGGGCACUAUUCAUCCUCAUCAUGCUCCUCAUCUUCGCCCUAUUUGCUAGCUACAUGCUACAGCAUAAAAAAAUACAAGCUAUACAUGAAACAGUCUUGUCAAUAUUCGCCGGGAUGGCCGCUGGUUUGGUCAUCAACUUGACAGAAGGAACAUUCAUCCAGAACACCGUCAGCUUUAACUACCAAUUCUUCUUCAAUCUCCUCCUACCACCCAUCAUUCUGGCCUCCGGAUAUGAGUUACAUCAGGCAAACUUCUUUCGACAUAUUGGCACAAUCUUGACCUUUGCUUUUGCUGGCACUUUCAUAUCGGCGGUCGUCCUGGGGGUAUUCCUCUGGCUGUGGACACGGCUACCGCUGGAUGGGUUCCAAAUAUCUUUCGUUGAGGCCAUUUCCGUUGGGGCCACCCUAUCAGCUACUGAUCCCGUCACCAUUCUUGCCAUCUUCAAUACGUACAAAGUCGAUCCCAAGUUAUACACAAUCAUCUUCGGCGAAUCGAUCCUCAACGAUGCCAUUGCAAUCGUCAUCUUUGACACCGCUCAACGAUACGGACCGGACAAGACAAAGGGGGCUUCUCUGACAAUAGGAAGCUUUUUCGAAGCCGUCGGGAUUUUCUUUCUGGUCUUCUUCGGAAGCAUGUUGAUUGGUGUCCUGAUUGGUAUUGGUACAGCACUCCUCUUGAAGUUCACGCUUGUCCGCCGUUUCCCAAAGAUCGAGAGUUGUUUGGUCAUAUUGAUCGCAUAUGCCAGUUACUAUUUUGCAAACGGGGCGCUGAUGUCAGGUAUCGUGAGCCUUUUAUUCUGCGGCAUCACACUGAAACACUACGCCUACUACAACAUGUCCAGACGUACGCAAUUGACAACCAAAUACAUGUUCUCGGCUUUAGCUCAACUAUCUGAGAAUUUCAUAUUCAUCUACCUGGGCCUGACUCUAUUCACGGAAACUACACUCUAUUUCAAACCACUAUUCAUCCUGAUCGCCGUUAUUGGAAUAUGCGCUGCCAGAUGGUGUGCUGUGUUUCCCCUGUCCAAAGCCGUCAAUGCUCUCGCAGCAGGCUUGACUGGCAAAAACGGUUCAGCAUUACAAGCGACGGUGCUCGUAGUGGUCGUGCUCACGGUCAUCAUAUUCGGCGGGACUACCGCUCGUAUGCUGGAGAUCAUGGGUAUCCGUACAGGUGUCGUUGAAGAGGUCGAUUCAGACGAUGAGUUCGACAUAGAAACAGCAACGAAUGGGACCUACUACAAGAGCAACGCAGUAGGCUAUACGCCGAAACCAAAAACGAGUGGGGAUUAUCGUGCUAACGGUACGGACGGUGCGCAACAUACCUACAGCAGCGGCACUCCGAGUCUCAGUCCUCCCGACCGACCAACGUCGCGCAACAAUUCUACAGCUGGCCAACGUGAGAGAGAUAAGGAGCAGUCGCGGCAGUCACUUCUGGCUCGUGGUGACGAACUACCAAGCGAUGAUGAAUUUUCCGACAGUGAUCUUCCCCCUGCCGCUCGCCAGCCCAGAAGGAGAUCCCCACCGUCGCAAACUCCUCCCGCCGCCUCAUCCACUGAUCCUGGAGCUGGAAACAUCCACCCAAGCGGUAGUGAGGGGCACAUCACCGCGACCGGAGCCAUCCAGCAACUCUUUUCGGGCACAUCGGAGGAGCAGGCAGCUUGGUUCAGACAAAUCGAUGAAGGCUUCAUCAAGCCUAAGCUACUUUUGGACCAAAAUCGGAAGGGAGGUCCUUGA